AUGGGGAAGAUUUCAACAGGAACUGGAAAGAGCAGGUUCCAGUGCAGGAAACAACAAAAGCAGUGCCCUGUAUUGACUGGCAAGGGCCGCAGCCGCUGGAGGGGGCGCCGGCGGAAGACCACCAGCGGGACCCAUGCCAUUCCAGGGCCUUGGUACCCGCGCCCUGGGCCUCCUGGUCCUGCUCCUGCUGCCGCAGCCCCGGCUCCCCUAUGCCCAGGCGGGCUGGGAGGGCCGCUGGGGAGGCGCGGCGCUGCGGGCACCCUCAUCCCGCCCCGCGGGGGGCGGCCGCCGGGACCCUGCGGCGAGCCCGCAGGCGUUAGCCCACCCAGCGGCGAUGGCCCUCCAGAUCCCGUCCGCUCCAACCACAGGGCCCGCAGCGCCCACACCGCCCGCUCCAACCGCAGGGCCCGCAGCGCCCACACCGCCCGCUCCAACCGCACGGCCCGCAGCGCCCACAUUGCCCGCUCCAACCACAGGGUCUGCAGCGCCCACACCGCCCGCUCCAACCGCAGGGCCCGCAGCACCCACACCGCCCGCUCCAACCGCAGGGUCCGCAGCGCCCACACCGCCCGCUCCAACCGCAGGGCCCGCAGCGCCCACACCGCCCGCUCCAACCGCAGGGCCCGCAGCGCCCACACCGCCCGCUCCAACAGCAGGGCCCGCAGCGCCCACACCGCCCGCUCCGCCUGCUCCGACGCAGCACCUGCCUUCAAGCUGCGGCCGCCAGACCACGAGGGUCGUGGGCGGCCAGCCGGCCGCGGAGGGGCGGUGGCCCUGGCAGGUGAGCCUGCGGGUCCUUGA